AUGUGGAGGGUGCUGCUGUCGAAGCCCAUGACUGCGGAGAAGGUGCUGGGAAAGCUGUUUCACGUGCUGUUGGACUGGCCAGUGCACAAGGCGUCGACUUUGGAUGGGGACCACAUGGACAUCUCUCCCCUGACCGCAACCAUGGCGCUGCAGGAGAUCCUCCAGUGGCCCCCCUGCCCACCGCAGGUGGAGGCAUUUUUCCCCCAGCUCUUCCUGGCGCUGCUGUUCCAGAUUUCUGUCACCGCAGCGCUGACGCCGGAGGAGGCUGAGAUGUGCUGGAGGGAAUGCCGAGGGGAAGAGUCUGCUCUCACCAGCCCCGUCAGGGCCGCAGUGCGGGCCAUGAAAGCGCUGCUCUGCCGUGCCGGCUACGAGCGCCAGGUGCUGCUCAUGGCGAGGAAGGGUGGCUGGGACAUGCUCCUCCGCGCUGAGACCCACCACAGCGGAGUGGCUUUGCUGGCCAGGGAAAUGAGGGAGACCCCAAGAAGCCUGCGAGUUUACCUCCUGCGCCAGCUGGCAGUGCUGCUCCGCCUGGAGGAGCCCUCCCAGGAGAUCUCCAUCCUGGCUUUCCUCGUGGAGCUUGUGGAUUGCCCGGACCUUUGCGAAGACAAUGCUCAUAUCCUGCUGCUCCUUGCGAGGUAUCUGGAGCGUGGCAGCCAGGUGAUACGUGGACUGGUGCUCAGAGGCCUCAUCCUGCUGUGCGACAGGCCGCAGACGGUAAGAGAAAUGCGCUUCCUGCUGCCACUCAUCAUGGAGCAACUGCGGGAUGCGGACAGCGACAUCAGCACUAAGGCCCUGGUGGUGCUGCGACACGUGGUGCACGUCACGGGCGAGGAGACGGUGGCCAGCAUUGCUCCGCAGCUGUCCGCGGAGCUGCUGCUGCUCUUUGAUGCCCGCCGGCAGGAGGGCUGGGCGCGAGGGAGACCGUGGGCUUGGAGCAGCCAGCACUGA